GGUCAUUUUAAUCAAUGAAUGGGGAAAAGACGGGAAGUAUAUUCUAUCUAUCCAUUUAAUGUUUAUAUUUUUUUUAAAAAUGAAGAUGGUCAGUGUAGAUUAUUCAUUUUGAAGUUCGUGUUCAUCAGAACAACACAUGGAUCGAUUGGGAAAGCAUAGAAAACUAGAAAACAAAAGUAUAUCUUCUAUUUUAUGCAUUGAACUGAUACUCUGCAAUAAUCGUUUUAACCAUUUAUGGAUUCGAAGAUUCACUGAAUACUUUCUUAGAAAAAAGAGCGAUUAUUUUAUCAAGUACACAAUUAACUCUAAGUUAUGCGAAAGAAAACAAUCUGUGCUCUAUUCAUUGUUGUUACACUAAUAAUGUCAUAAAAUUUUGAUCACAUUUAAAAAUAAACAACAUUUCUA